GUUUUGACAAACGUACAUAGGUGUAAGUUAAAGCUUUAAGAUGCCGACAUUAGGUUACUGGAAAAUUCGCGGGCGUGCUCAACCAAUCAGAUUACUCCUAACAUAUGCGGGGGAGGAGUUCGAAGACGUGCAGUAUGAACAGGGGGAUGCUCCCGAAUUCAGUCGAGCAGCUUGGACGGACGUCAAACCAUCUUUCAAUGACAUUCUAGACUUUCCUAAUUUGCCGUACUACAUCGACGGAGAUGUGAAAAUCACCCAAAGCAAUGCCAUUCUGAAGCAUGUGGCCAGGAAGCAUAAACUAGACGGCGCAAAUGAUACGGAGAAAGCGUACGUUGAUUGCAUGCUUGACCAGGCAAUGGACCUGAGGAAUGGCGCGGUUCGGCUCUGUUACAAUAAAGACUACGAGAGCUUGAAAGAGGACUACUUCAAGAACGUCCAGCCAACGUUGGCGCAAUUUGAAAAGAAGCUUGGGAACAACGACUGGUUCGUCGGGAAUAAGACGACUGUAGCAGAUUUUCCUAUGUACGAACUAAUUGACCAGCAUCUGAGAAUGAAGGCCGACAGCCUUGACGCUUACCCGAAACUUAAGGCUUUCCUCUCAAGGUUUUCUCAGCUGCCAAAAGUCAAAGAAUACCUGGCGCUGGAUAGUGUGAAAAAUUUGCCCAUCAACAACAAAUUUGCCGCGUUCAAAUGAUCAACAUAUUUCUAGGAUAAGACAUUUAGUUGACGUUAUGUUAGCGUUUAAAACCCGGAUAAUUUAAAUGCUGCCAGCCAUAGAAUAGAUAGUUGACAAAGCCUUAUGAGCUUUGUUGAUAUAGGUUUACAGUUCUAGUUUUUUUGUUAGAUUUUGUAUUCAACAUGCCGUCAGAAAUAAGCUUUUAAAUGUAUAAAUAUACAAACAGAUAAUAUCUAACGGCAAGUAUUUUUUGUAUUUAAAAAAGAAGUUUAUUUUGUUUAUUAUGUAUCCAUAUUAUACAUACAU